CAAACAAAAGAGCUGCUGGAGCUACAGCUGCUCACACUUCCGUCGGUCCGUCUGACGUAACCGCUCUCAUCUCGCCCCAGAUCUCUUCUGCUUGCGUGUUUUAACUACUUUCCCUGGAGGCGUGAGCCGCGGAUAAUGUCCCUUUUACCGUCGCCCUUGGUGGAUUUGUGUCAGCUAACCUGAGGAGAGAGCCAGGCCAGAUAACUCCCCCCCAACCCCCAACCCCAGCCCUAUAAACGGACCCCGGCGGCCGUCUGAGCAGACCCCGCGGCUGGAGCAUGUCGGGCCAGUUCCUGAUGUCGGUGGUGGUGCACGGGGACUCGGCCCUGAACGAGCAGGAGAAGGAGCUGCAGCGGCGGCUGCGGCGGCUCUACCCGGCCGUGGACGAGGACGAGACGCCGCUGCCGCGCUCCUGGAGCCCCAAGGACAAGUUCAGCUACAUCGGGCUGUCCCAGAACAACCUCCGCGUACACUAUAAAGGUCACGGCAAAACCCCCAAGGAUGCAGCGUCUGUCCGGGCCACCCACCCCAUCCCAGCCGCCUGCGGGGUCUACUACUUCGAGGUGAAGAUUAUCAGUAAAGGCCGUGAUGGGUACAUGGGCAUUGGCCUGUCAGCUCAGGGUGUAAAUAUGAACAGACUCCCUGGUUGGGACAAGCACUCGUAUGGUUACCACGGAGACGAUGGCCACUCCUUCUGCUCGUCUGGCACCGGGCAACCCUACGGACCUACGUUUACAACAGGCGAUGUGAUUGGCUGCUGCGUAAACCUCAUCAACAACACCUGCUUCUACACAAAGAACGGCCACAGCCUCGGUAUUGCCUUCACAGACCUACCAGCUAACUUGUACCCGACCGUGGGCCUUCAGACCCCAGGAGAGGUGGUGGAUGCUAACUUUGGCCAGCACCCCUUCGUGUUUGACAUCGAGGACUACAUGCGCGAGUGGAGGACAAAGAUUCAGGCCCAGAUUGAUCGCUUUCCCAUCGGAGAGCGUGAGGGCGAGUGGCAGUCCAUGAUCCAGAAGAUGGUGGCGUCGUACCUGGUUCACCACAGUUACUGUGCUACAGCCGAGGCCUUCGCCAAGUCCACCGACCAGGCCGUGCAAGAGGAGCUGGCCUCCAUCAAAAACCGACAAAAGAUCCAGAAGCUGGUGUUGUCGGGUAGGAUGGGUGAAGCUAUCGAGACCACCCAGCAACUCUACCCCAACCUCCUGGAGAGGAACCCAGACCUCCUCUUUAUGCUCAAGGUCAGACAGUUCAUAGAGAUGGUGAAUGGGACGGACAGUGAGGUGCGGUGUCUGGGAGGACGCAGCCCAAAGUCUCAGGACGUCUACCCCGGUUCGCCCCGGUCCUUCAGCAGCCCAAGCCACAAAGCCUCCAGCUCCCAGCCCUACCUCACAGGGUUCGACAGCAACUGCUGUAAUGGUGUGACGUCUAAUAAGAGCCACAGCUCCUCCCCUCACAGUCACAAGCCCUGCCCCCCCGCCGCUGGCCCCGCCCCCCCGGCCUCGGACGUCAGCCUCAACGGGAGCCGCAGCCAACAGUCCAUUACCAGUAACGACGUCGACAUGGAGGUCGACCACUUCACCAACGGAGUGACAGAAUCAUCCUCCAAUGGUUUCCUCAACGGCACCUCCAAACACGCCACGGAGCCCGACGACUGUGACGCAGACAUGGUGUUCCUCCGCCCUGCAGAGGUGGAGUCCACUCAGUCCAAGAGGCAGCUGUGCGGCGGGAGCCAGGCGGCCAUCGAGAGAAUGAUCCACUUCGGCAGGGAGCUCCAGAGCAUGAGCGAACACCUCCGCCGCGAGUGUGGCAAGAACUCUGCCAACAAGAAGAUGCUCAAGGAUGCCUUCAGCCUGCUGGCCUACUCCGACCCCUGGACCAGCCCCGUCGGCUACCAGCUGGACGCCAUUCAGAGGGAGCCCGUCUGCUCCACGCUCAACAGUGCAAUAUUGGAGACCCACAACCUGCCCAAGCAGCCCCCCCUGGCCCUGGCGGUGGGCCAGGCCGCCCAGUGCCUCGCCAUCAUGGCCCGGACUGGCAGCGGCUCCUGCGCCUUCGCCUCCGUGGACGAUUACCUGCACUAGCCCCAUGUACACCCCCCCCCAAACACACACACACACACACACACAC